GUCUAGUCGCUGGGCUGAGCGGAGCUGAGGAAGCGGGUCCUUGCCCGGGAACAGCCGUGUGCCCCUCCCCCUAAGCUUCCUGCCCCAUGCCCCCUGGACCCUCUGACCUGAUCCGGGAUGAAACCAGGAAGCAGAGAGGCCCAGAGGAGGGGAAGUGGGGAUGGGGAGGGACUGCUCUGAGGAGGCCUGACCCUGUCCCUGCCCGGGGCCUGGCACUGCUGCAGGUGACAUCCCUGUUGGGGAAAUGAGCCCGAGGGGCAGGGCCGGGUGGCUGCCUUCAGCUCUGCUGCUGCUCCAGGUCCCAGGCUGUUUUUCCCUGAGUGGCCCCAGCAGACUGACGGGCAUCGUGGGGGGAUCACUGAGCGUGGAGUGUCGGUACCGGGAGGAAUUCAAGCAAAACAUCAAAUUCUGGUGCAAAGUCCCCUGUUUGUGGAAUACUGUGGAGACUGGAGGGUCAUCAAGAGAAGUGAGGGAGGGCCGCGUGUCCAUCAGAGACCAUCCUGCAAGCCUCACCUUCACAGUGACCUUGGAGAGCCUCAGAGAGGAGGAUGCGGGAACGUAUGGAUGUGGGAUCGAUAUGCCACUUUCAUUUGACCCCACCUUCCAGGUGGAGGUGUCUGUGACCCCAGCCCCUGCUGCAGCCACCAGCCCUGAGAGGCCCACAGGCUCCCCAGGCUCUCCCAUGACCCUGCCAGGGCCCACCUGGAGCACCGCAUCCGGUCAGGAGACCCCCGAUCCUGGCCACCCUCCUCGGCCCCGGCUGGGCAGCGUCCACUUCCUGCUCCUGGUCUUCCUGAAGGUGCCGCUGCUCCUGGGCCUGCUUGGUGCCGUCCUCUGGGUCCACAGGCCCUUGAGAAGCUCCGAGAACCGGUGACAUCUGUUGCUAUGACUGCCCAGGGUCACAGCCCCCUCUGCUGGAUGGAAAUGACUUCUGACCAAUAAAUUUAGUGCCAGUGUUGCUCUCAGAACACUCGGGGAACUUUGGGGAAACUUUUUCUUGCAAUGUAUCAUACAAACAAAAGAAUAUACCUAAUAAAUGCCUACUCUUUAAACCAGGAAUACUCUAUAUAACUCUU